CAAGCCAAGAUCGGGGCCAAAGAAAUUCCCCCCCCCCCCCCCACUGAGGAUCCCAACUAUCAAGACACUAUCAACUAGUCUUGCGCUACACCGCUCGUCUGACGUCCAUUCCCCCGCCCCUUUUUGCCGGAAUUUCCCCCCAUCCUUAAAAGUUGGAGAUUUGGACCAGAAUUGAAUGUCGAACUGGGAGUUGCUUCUUCAUCGACUCAAUCCAGUCGUACUGGAAACCCAUUCAACUUGACACAAAAGUCCCGGAGUUGAAGCACCCUCCCAACCAUGGCGCCGUUGGGCGAGACCAUCGCGGUGAUUGAUAAGUCCGGGAAGGUGGUUAGCACGAGUAAACACCUCUUCGGGGUAUUCAGCCAAGCCAAGAAUGCCUAUCGGGAACGCAAAGCCCAAGUGCAGUCCGAGCGGAACGCCAAGAUCGCGGAGAGGGAAGCCCUGAAGGCGUUACAGAACUACCACAUUGACGGUGGUGACCAACACUAUGAGUACGAGGCGGCGCCGUCCGUUGCAUCAUCACGGCGGAGUCAUUCGCGACACUACUCGGGCCGCAGUCGCAGCCAUCACCCUCGCGGGGGGUCCCUGUACGAGGAAGACUACGAAGCCGACGACUACUACAACCAGCCCCGAGAAAUGGUGCGACGACACACACACCACGAUGUGGGCGUGCGGGAGAUGGAACGGCCGGUUCCGGUCCGCUCCCGGUCCGACCACCCCUCCCAUGUGGAUAUGGAUCUGGCCUACGGCGAGUUUCACCCUUCCGCACUGGAACAGCAGCAGCAGCAGCAGCCCCGCCAGGGCGAACUGGUCCCACACCAACAUGGCCAACUCCAACGCAUCGAGGACCCCGAAUUGAACGGUCUUGUCACCCGCGCGCAGUGGCUCCUCGAGGAAGCCGACUGCAUGCAGCACACGGCCACUGCGACCAUCGCCCACCUGCAGAAGAACCCGGACUCCAUGGCGGCUGUCGCGCUCACGCUGGCCGAGAUCAGCAAUCUGGUCACCAAGCUGGCCCCCUCGGCGCUCGGGGCGCUCAAAGCCGCCGCACCCAGCGUGUUCGCGCUCCUCGCGAGCCCGCAGUUCCUCAUCGCGGCCGGGGUGGGGCUGGGAGUGACGAUCGUCAUGUUCGGCGGCUACAAGAUCAUCAAGCAGAUCCAAUCAGCAUCGAAAACUCCGGUGAUCGAAGCAGCCCCACAGCAACCACCAUACCCACAGCAGUACCCCCGCGACGGGGUAAUGGACGACCCCAGCAUGGAGGACAUGAUGGAGCUCAACACGGACUGCCUGAGUAGCGUCGAGAUGUGGCGCCGCGGGGUGGCCGACGCCGAGGCCGAGAGCGCCGGCACUUCGGUGGAUGGCGAGUUCAUCACCCCGACCGCCGCCAUGAUGUCGGGCAUUGAUGUCACGACGGCGCGGAUGACGCGCGACCCGCGCUUCAAGUUCGACGACGACGAGGAGCGCUCGAUGGCCUCCUCGCGGCGGUCGCGGCGGUCGCGGUCGCACCACCACGCCGGCAGCAGCGGCAGAUCGCGCGCCGACCACCGGCCCCCGGAGUCGUAUGUCGGCUCGAAAGCGCCUUCGUCGCAUCACACCUCGUCCAAAUCGGAGGCCAAGAAGCCCAAGGAGAAGACGAAGCGGUCCAGUCGCUUGAGGCUGAUGUUCACGACUUGAUGCGAGGGGACUGUGUGUGCCCGUGCACGGCCUAUGAUUUUACGAUACUACUAAACGACAGACCGCACCCGGGUUGAAAAUGAUGUAUAAAGUGUUGAAUCCUUUC